AUGUCGCCUCCCGCUGCCAUUUACGAACCCACCGUGGCCCCUACUGGUCUCAAGGGUAAGCUCGUGGUUCCCGAGACCGCUCCCGCUGGAUCCGCUCAAACCAAGCUGCUCGACCAUUUUGGCAACAACUGGGAUGAAUUCAAAUUCUCUCCCAUCCGUGAGAGCCAGGUCUCGCGGGCUAUGACCAGACGGUACUUCCAGGAUCUGGACAAAUAUGCCGAGAGUGACAUUGUUAUUGUCGGCGCUGGUUCUUGCGGUCUGAGUACCGCCUACGUCUUGGCCAACGCUCGUCCGGACCUGAAGAUUGCCAUCAUUGAGGCUUCCGUCUCUCCUGGCGGUGGUGCUUGGCUCGGUGGCCAACUUUUCUCUGCUAUGGUGAUGCGUCGUCCCGCCGAUGUUUUCUUGAACGAUCUGGGUGUGCCUUACGAGGAGGACCCGGCAAAUCCCAACUACGUUGUUGUCAAGCACGCCUCCUUGUUCACCUCGACGCUGUUGUCCAAGGUGCUUUCCUUCCCCAACGUCAAGCUCUUCAAUGCCACCGCCGUGGAGGACUUGGUGACUCGCCCGGCCCCCAACGGCGACCCCAAGGGGACUCGCAUUGCAGGAGUGGUCGUGAACUGGACGCUGGUGACUCUGCACCAUGACGACCAUUCAUGCAUGGACCCCAACACUAUCAACGCACCCGUGAUCAUCAGCACCACGGGCCAUGACGGUCCCUUCGGAGCUUUCUGCGCCAAGCGAUUGGUCUCCAUGAACACCGUCGACAAGCUGGGUGGCAUGCGCGGCCUGGACAUGAACUCGGCCGAGGAUGCCAUCGUGAAGAACACCCGAGAGGUGGCCAAGGGCCUCAUCAUCGGCGGCAUGGAGCUGUCCGAAAUUGACGGGUUCAACCGCAUGGGUCCGACUUUCGGGGCCAUGGUGCUCAGCGGAGUCAAGGCGGCCGAGGAGGCGUUGAAGGUCUUUGACGAGCGUCAGCGCGAGUGUGCUGAGUAA